GUUCCUGUCUGUGGUGACUGGUGAAGUUCACUGUGGUCCCGAGACAGCACUAGGUACCUGCAGAGCUUCACGUUAUAAACUUAGAAUGGGUAAACGCGUGGCAGUUGUUUUGGCAGGUUGUGGAGUUUUUGACGGGAGUGAAAUCCACGAGACAUCGGCUGUACUGGUGCAUCUAAGCAGAGGCGGUGCCACUGUGAAAAUGUUCGCACCCAACAUCGAGCAGAUGCACGUAGUUGAUCACUUGAAGGGAGCCCCGACGGAGGAGAAGAGGAACGUGCUGGUGGAGAGCGCCAGACUGGCUCGCGGCGAGAUCCAAGACCUGUCCCAGCUCGACGUGAAGGACCUGGAUGCCGUCAUUUUCCCCGGUGGGUUUGGAGUGGCUAAGAACCUGUGCUCUUGGGCAGUGCAGGGGAAGGACUGCUCUGUGCAGGCGCAGGUGCAGUCCACCCUGCAGGCUUUCCACAGUGCAGGCAAGCCCAUCGGCCUCUGCUGCAUCUCACCUGUCCUGGCCGCCAAGGUCUUCCCCGGCUGUGAGGUCACCGUGGGUCACGACAAGGACGACAGGGCGCCCGAUGUCCCGGGCACCGCGGAGGCCAUCACUCAGCUGGGCUGCACACACGUCUGCAAGGGCGUCAGCGAGACGCACGUGGACCAGAAGAACCGCAUCGUCACCACCGGCGCCUUCAUGUGCAAAGCGCCGCUCCACGAGGUCUUCGACGGCAUCGGCGCGAUGGUGCAGGACGUGCUCAAACUCGCGUAACCCCCUCAGAUAACCCGAAUGCUCACGCCAAGGCAACCAGGAACCGCGUGUAACGUAUGAAUAAAUUCAUCAACCUGAUCACAAUGGA